AUGGCAGGAAGAGAGAGGAAGAAUGUGGCUGUGGGUCGCAGCGUCUCUUUCAGAAAGUUGGGGUCCUGGGGCGCCAACAGUAGUGAGGACCAGCAACACAAAUCAGAGGAUUUGGACGCAGCUGGCGUCGCCCUUCCCCCGGAGCCCAGCAAAGCAGAACAGAUUUUGGCGACGCGUAAUGUCAGUGUGUCAAGAAAAGUUUCCAGAAUCUCUGCCACCACCGCCAGCCUCCCGACCGCAGAUCCAAAGAGAGGCCUCUCCACUCCGCUCUCCUCUAUUUCUCCAUCCAUCCGCCAGCUCACUGAGAAGUUCAGCAGCAGCAGCAGCAGCAGCAGCAGCGUCAGCGUCGGCGGCUCCGCCAGGACGCGCAGAGCCUCACCGGGAGACUGUGCAGCAGGGACGCGGGGGUGCAGCACUCUUCCCCGGGCCAGAGGCUCGAGGAGAGACGGGCUCCUGUCUCGCAACUCUUACCACGAGGACAGCGGUGCUGGAUGUUUCCAGGAUAGUGAGACUACUACUGCAGAGUGUCUCACAGACAAUAAAGUGCAAAAGUUUCACUCUGGCACUGAAUCUGUGUCAGGCUCGGACUCAGAGAAGAAAAGCGAGAAGCCGGUUUUGACACGUUUAUCGACCGACAGCAGCAGCAGCUCUGGUAAGAGAGAUUAUUCACAGAUCAAUGCAUGUCUCUCUGAUCCUAGAAAGACUCUGACUACAGAUGAGGAAGAGGAUGUUACUGGUAGAGGGGUUCCUCCACCCUGUAAAUCUCACAGAAGUUAUCUCUCUACACACCACAGUGACUUUAUUCCCCCGCACUCUGACAAGUGGCCCAGUGUCACCAAAAUUAGACAACUUUUCGAUGAGAGGCAGAGCAAAGCUACGCAGCAGCACAAGACUGAAACGUAUGAGAAUUUAAAAGCAGCAGGCAGAGGCCAACUACAAGAGCACAGCCCUAGUGAGAGCGCUCCUCUCUCGGAUAAAAGUGACAAACUCUCACCUUGUAGCUCUUCUAAUGAAGCCUGUAGCUUGUCUUUGCAUAACAAAAGCAUAGUUGGAGCUCAAGGCAGAGAAAGCAGUACUUCAAAAUUUUGCUAUGGUAUGGACUUUAACUCCAAAGCUGACCACCAGCAGUACUCAAAUGAUGAGGAGGCAGACGUAGAGACACAAAGUUCUAAUUACAAAAACGUUCCUGGCAGAAAUACUUUACAAAGCAGUUGUAGUAGCAGUCGUAGUUGCACUGGGCGUAGUCACUGCCGUAGGAUUAACCCAUCUCCGUUCAGAUCUCAUAGUCCCAGCGCUAAGGCAGAGGCAGUCUGUAAGACCCCCAGGACACCAGGGUUGACAUCUGACCCCAACCCUGACCUUCAACCCCCUGCUACUUCGUUUUGGAGUCGAUCGUUGGGCUUAGACACCUCCUCCUGCUCCUCCUCUCUUCAGCAGCCGAUAGUGAGGGAGAGAAGGGAUAGACAGGGGGUCGGGCUGCCCAGGGAUAGUUUACAUUCCUCACAUAGCUCCUCUAGAGCGCCAGCCCCCACCUCCUCCUCCCCCUCCUCUGCUCCAGCUCCAGAUAAAGCCAUUACCUCCUCCUCCUCUACUGUAGCUCCCUCCACUGAGCUAAGAGCCCCAGCAAGAGUUGCCUCUCAACUCAGCUCCCGCUGGAGGUUUAGUUCUGGAGACGAAGAGGAGGAGCACACUAGAAGAAGAAGAGGAGGAGGUGGUUGGUGUGUUCCCUCUGGCCCUGCUCCUUCCCUCUCCUACAGAGGAGGAGAAAGGGGCGCCACAGAGCGAGGAGGCAGCUAUUUAUCCCGCAGUAAAAAUGGCUGGUGGGGUGCUAAGGGCAUUGGCAGGUCUUCAGGCAGUGAGGAGGACAGCCCUGGUUCUUUAGGCCCCCACAGUCGAGAGGCAGUGCGUCGCCGCUCACUGAGAAAGAAGAAGAAGGUCAGUGGAGCUGCUCUAGCAACAGGCCGUGAUGAUUACGAUGAUCAUGAUGGCGAAUCAGAAGACAGUGACAGUGACAUGGCCUUGACAAUGGAGCACUUAGAGAGGCAUCAUCAGCAAAAUGCAGGAGGAGAAUUUGCAGGAACAGUAUCUCGGAGCCACUCAGCAAGAGGGCCCAGCGGUCAAAGUAACAGAGCCAGGGUACAACAAUGGGAGCGCAUCUCCUCACCUGUGACGUCCUCGACACUUCCUGGUGUAUCACGAGUGUCAAAGGUCAAUAUCCCCCCAUUUGUUUCCAGUCCUGGUGGUUCACGUUGCAGCAGCCGGUACUCUAGCACUGAGACACUGAAGGAGGAGGGCCAGGCUAGCUGCUCCAACCGUGCCGCGAAUGUGAUUUUUAACGCGGGUGAAGCAGGAGGCAGCACUAUCAGAACUGCAUCCUCGUCCAUGCUAAGUAAAACUUACCAUGGAAAUUUUACCAUGUACCGCUCCCCAAGCUUUGGCCAUGGGGAUAACUUCUCUCGUAACCCUGUGCGGGUGCGCCCCAAGAUUGUACCCAUAGUGACCCCCUCGCCUAGUGUACUUGCUCGGGAAGGUGGGGUAUCUACAGGGGUUACAGCUGGUGAGACCAAGGCAUUAAGGAGGACAACAGGUGGGGAUAGGGUAGAUGAUGAUGAUAAUAAAAACCGAAUAUCCAUGUCCAACCCCGAUAUCACCUCAGAAACUAUGACACUCUUAAGCUUUCUGAAAUCUGACCUGUCAGAGCUCAAGGUGCGGAAAACAAGUGGAGGGGACAGAUCUGGGGCUGUAGAGGGAUCAUCAGUGUACAGGAUGGGCUCACGGACUCAUGGCGGGUCCCUUCUACCUUCUGGUCGUCGCCCAUCACUGAAGGACCUGACCGCCACCCUACGGCGUGCAAAAUCUUUCACUUACUCAGACAAACCCACAACAGGCGUGAGGUGUUACUUGACAGGUGGCACCACGAAGAGGAGCUCUUCCGAGCAGCAGCUUGACUUGGAUGGAGAGAGGGAUGGAGGGAGGAUGUCAGUGUCCGACAGGGAAGUGGAAAGUGACGGGGGGGAUUUUAGGGAUGCGAGAGGACAAAGAAUGACGGAUUAUGGAUUUGAUGAUGAUGAUGAAGAAAUGACGCCAACUCCAUUGCAGGAGAGGUAUGUGCAGGAAGCCAGGCAGGUCAUUCGAGAUAUCUGCCAAAUGAGUACUAGGGAAGAAGAUGAUGAUGAUGAUUUAAAUGUAAGAAGAACUGAUGAUGAUUUGGAGGAUGAACGUUUCCUGGUCAAGAAAAAAAAUGAGGUGAAGGAGAAAGCCGGAGUGAGUGUUAAGGAUGAGGCAAGGACAGAUCAAGAGGCUGGGUUUAAGAACACAAAAGACAGGGAUAAACAUGAGAAGGAGAGAGAGAUCAGGGAGAGUGAGAAGAGGGAGAGGGAUGGACAAAGUAUGCAGUUGGAGCUAAACAGCAGGAGCACAGAGUACAGGGAGAAGGCAAAGAGACAGAGCAGAGAGACGGAGAGAGUUUUACUGAAGGGCGACUCGGAGGAAAGCAUGUUCUACGACCGCUCUGUGGAUGAACUUUCAGGCCAUGAGUCUAGUUUAACAGAUGAAGGGAUUGUGACAGAGCCAGAGACAGGCCCCAGUGACCCCUCCGAGAGGUCAUUCCUGGGGUCAGUGGGGGUUAACUUGGGGUCUCGUAUACCAAGGGAUUUUCUAGGGCAGCCUGUCACUGUACGGAAACAGUCGGCUCUCCAUGAAGUGGAAGGGUUUAAGCAGGAGAGAGAAGAGAUGACAGAGAACAGUGAGAGUAGUGCAAAUCGUCUGAAUGAAGACAGUGUAUCUCGCUCCUUGCCUCUUCCUGGCUGCAUGGCUGAGAGUGACAGUAUCAUCAUGGACCAUAGCACUAACACUGGUAUCAACAAUGUCAGCUCUACCGGUGAAGAGAUCAACACCAACAGUGCAGUGUCGCAGGGGUCAACAGCCACUGUAGGAGGAGGAGGAGCAUUCGAAGCCCCUGCGACCCCAAGUGCUAUUCGUCGAAGGCGCAAGUUUUCCCCUUCUGGUAAUAACAACACAGGCUCUGAUUCCAGUAAUGGCAGUAAUGCGGAGUCAACAGUAGCAACUGUAGGAAAUGGGGAAUCCACAGUCUACCGUUCUCUCAGUGACCCCAUGCCUCAGCGAUGCUGUUCUGUGGCAGAAGAAGGGAAUAACACAUUUUCCUCUGUAGACAGUAACCUGCUAGGAUCCCUAUCUGUCAAAGGAGGAGUAGGUGGGGCUCCAGAGACCUCUGCUGUGGCCACCUUGUCAGAAUACAAGGGCAGUGUUGCCAGUGACUUGUCAGUUUACAGUGAUGGUGGGCUCCGGGAUGAUGGUGUUCGUGACUACAGUGGGGUGAUCAGGAGCAUUGUAGCUGAGCCAGGUGCAAUGGACAGACUGAUGACAGAUGACCACGGCAAUGGCAAAGCUCCCAAGAAGAAGUCAUUCAGUGACCCCAGUCGCCGUAGUGAUGCCCCUUUACUUUCCCAGAAUGACCCUCAGUUUAAAGGUCAGUCCGGCAGCACACAACCAAUCAGCGAGCUGGAACAACCUGGCCAGAUCCCACCUUCCAGCAGUGAGCCAAUCCUGAGUGAGCAGAGAGAGGAACUGUGGGAGCCAGAAGCUAAGCCUAAACACGUUUUGCCAACAGAGCUGCAUCACCAUGCAAACAGCAGUAAUAAAGUCAAGAAGGCUCGAUCACAGUCAGUCUGCGCCCCCCUCUCUGAUAACCAUGAUGAUGAAGAUAAUGAUGUCAUAGACCAAUGUGGAGAGGAGAAAGAAGAAGAGGUGAGGAAGUUUAACUUUGAGCUCAAGCUUGCUGAGGUUCUGUCUCCUAGAAUGAUUCGUCGGCCCUCCAGAAAGCGUCCAAACAGGCUGGCUCACUUUUUCCCUCAUGAGUACCCGUUUGAGCCCCCAGCACAGGGUUCAGAGGGGCAGGAGGAUCACAGUGACCUCACCCCUCCUCUUCCCCCUCCCACACUGCAAUCCAAACCCAAAAGCAGACCCAAGCAUAUCCGCCAUACCAGCGAACCUGCCACCUUUAUCCCCAUCUCCCCACCUCCACAACUCCAGCCACUGAAGGAAAUGGACUGCCUUGCCGUCCGACCCACUGCAGAGCCUCCAACCUUAAAUAAGCCUCCAGGAGAUGACACCCCAUCUCUAGAAGAUGUGACCCAGAAGUAUAUUCUUGAACUGAGCACUGCUGAAAGAGACAAUGAGGGCCCAGGGCCUCUUCCAGCACCCAGGGAUGGAGCUGAAGUUUCAAUAUCAGCUUCAGCGGGGCCCGGCGAAACCACAAGUGAAAUUACGGAAGCUGUAAGACAAAAGAAGGGCACAGAGCACACUGCAUCCACGCCUACCCCACAGAGGACCAAGCCCAGAGUGGACAUGAGGAAACAUGUGAUGAUGACCCUCUUGGACACAGAGCAGUCAUAUGUGGAGUCACUACGCACUCUCAUUCAGGGCUACAUGCGUCCUCUCAAACAGCCAGACAGCGGCUCCAUAGUGGACCCUCUGCUGGUGGAUGAGAUGUUUUACCAGAUCCCAGAGAUCCUGGAGCACCACGAGCACUUCCUGGAGCAGGUCGCUGGCUGCGUCAGCCAAUGGCAUGACAGACAGACCAUUGGACACCUCCUCAUUCAAUCCUUUUCCAAAGAGACUCUAGCUAAUAUGUAUUCAGCGUACAUAGACAACUUUCUCAACGCCAAAGAUGCGGUGAGGACUGCCAAGGAGGCCAAGCCAGCGUUUCACAAGUUUCUGGAGCAAAACAUGCGUGAGAACAAGGAGAAACAGGCUCUGGGUGAUCUGAUGAUUAAGCCGGUGCAGAGGAUUCCUCGCUAUGAACUGCUGGUUAAGGACCUGCUCAAGCACACCCCAGAGGAUCACCCAGACCACCCUUUCCUACUGGAUGCCCAGAGGGACAUCAAGCGUUUGGCUGAGAAGAUCAAUAAGGGACGUCGCUCUGCUGAGGAGGUAGAGAGGGAGGCCAGGGUCAUUCAGGAGAUCGAGGCCCACAUAGAGGGAGUCGAACAUAUUUUAAACCCCCAGAGGAAGUUCUUGAGACAGGAAAUGGUCAUGGAGGCGAAGACAGUGGGUGGGAAGAAGGACCGUUCUCUCUUCCUCUUCAGUGAUCUGAUCAUCUGCACCACUCUCAAGAGGAAGUCUGGCUCGCUAAGACGCAGCUCCAUGAGCCUAUACUCUGCUGCGAGUGUGAUCGAUACUUCCAGUAAAUACAAGUUCCUGUGGAAACUUCCUCUAGAGGACGUGGAGGUGGUUAAAAGCUCCACUCAGGCAACCAACAAGGAGAGCAUCCAGAAGAUGAUUAGUCGAUUAGACGAGGAUCUCAGCACGCUGGGUCAGAUCAGCAAGCUGUCUGAGACCCUGAGCUUCCCACACCAGUCCCUAGACGAGGUGAUAAAGGAUCUGAUGGUGUCAGUGCACAGGGAGCUGUCAGAGAAACAGUCUUUGGCCUUCAGUAUGACCUUCCUGCCCACAAAGCUAGAGUUUACUACAGCCUCCGCUGAGAGCAGCUUUGUCUUUGAGUUUACCUCACCUGACGCUCGCUCCAACUUCGAACAGGCUUUUGAGGAGGCCAAGAAGAAACUAGCUAUGAAUAAGGACCAAUGGGACCCAGAGUUUCUGAAGGCAAUUCCUAUAAUGAAGACACGCAGUGGGAUGCAGUUUUCAUGUGCCUCUCCCAGCCACAGCUGUCCCGAUAGUGGCUGCGAAGUGUGGGUGUGUAACAGUGAUGGAUACGUGGGACAGGUGUGUCUGCUGAACAUCAAAGAUGAGCCCACAGUGGAGGCCUGUAUCGCUGUCUGCUCAGCGAGGAUCAUCUGUAUUGCUGCUGUACCAGGACUCAAGGGAAGGGAGCGUGGAUCAGAGCCCACCCUUGCCCCUACCUCCAGAGCACCUGGUCAGCAGCUCCAUAUAUCUAUCUCUCAUUCUUCUCUAGAGCUGACAGAGCAACCCACAGGACCAGGGGCGGAGCUUGUUCCGUUUGACAGCGAUGACACAGAUGACGAGGAUUCACCCAGUCCUUCCUCCACUCUACAGAGUCAGGCUAGUCACUCCACCAUCUCAUCCAGCUAUGGCAAUGAUGAGGGUCCAGGCUCCAAGGACAUGGCUACAGAGACCACCAGCAGUGAGGAGGAGCAGGAGUUCCCAGUGGCAAGCUCUUAUGGAGCUCCGGGGAUGUUAGGGGUUGGCGGAGGAAGUCGAGCCCAGACAGAGAGCCCCAUGGACGGCCGAGCCAUGCGCCGAUCCUCCCGGGGCUCUUUCACUAGGGCGAGUCUGGAGGACCUGCUCAGCAUCGACCCCGAGGCCUACCAGAGCUCAGUGUGGUUAGGCACAGAGGAUGGAUGCAUCCAUGUGUACCAGUCCUCGGACAACAUCCGCAACCGUAAAAACAGCAUGAAGAUGCAACACUCGGCUUCCAUCCUCUGUGUACUGUAUUUGGACAACAAAGUGUUUGUGUCCUUGGCCAAUGGAGAGGUGAUUGUCUAUCAUAGAGAGGCAGGUAGUUUCUGGGACCCUCAGUCAUCUCAGAUGUUAGUUUUGGGCACGCCAAGUAGUCCUGUCACCAAAAUGGUUCCUGUGGGAGGGAAGCUUUGGUGUGGCUCACAGAAUAGAGUCCUUAUUAUCAACACAGCUACACUGGUACAAGAGCACUGGUUCCAGGUGGGCACAGACAGCAGUCGGUGUGUGACGUGCAUGGUGGCGUACGGUCAGGGUGUGUGGCUGGCGUUGCAAGGCAGUGCACAGGUCAAACUGUACAACGCUCAGACCUGGGAGAGCUUAACCGAAGUGGACGUGGCACCUGCUGUGCACAAGAUGCUCGCAGGUGCAGAUGCAAUCAUCAGACAGCACAAAGCUGCCUGUCUGAGAAUCACAGCAUUGCUGGCUUGUAAGGAUCUGCUGUGGAUUGGCACAAGUGCAGGGGUGGUCCUUACAUUGGCAAUCCCAGCAGUGAGCUCAGGAACUGGGGCUGGGACACUGAAAUCUCCCCUGGUGCCGCUGGGCUCCGCUCACGGACACACGGGCCAUGUUCGGUUCCUGACAUCAAUCGAACUACCAGAAGGGUUUGACAUGAACUUCCCUCCUCCAACAACUGACUCCACAGGCAACCACUCCCAGACCGGCAGCGCAGUUGACGGGAACCUCCAAAGGCGCGACUCUGCUCGCCGCCGGGCCUCCGCCCACAUCCCUCUAAAAACCAACCAUCUAGUCAUUUCUGGUGGCGAUGGCUAUGAGGACUUCAGACUGACUAAUAGCAGUGAAACAGUCGGACGGGACGACAGUACCAAUCAUCUUUUGCUUUGGAGGGUCUGAGACAAUCGAUCGCGGUUUGAACAGCCCGCCACAACAUCCCUCUACUUGAGAACGGCGCACAAGCUUCUGUCCUUUCCCCCCAUCGGACUUUUUGGUGUUGUUGUUUUGGUCUUCUGCUUGGUCCACCAGUCUCUAUGUGCAUAAUAUCGCUGUCAAUUCCCUCCUGAUAUUACAAAUGAAUAUGAUCGCAUCAUACGCAGUUUUCCCUUGCUAAUGUUCCAGAUGGUGUGCAUUGUUCCUCACUGAGUGGUGUCUGUGCGUGUGCAUUUCGAUUUUUGGCAUCUGCAAGUAUUGUCUAGAAAUAUGUAUUUACACUCAAGUCUUUACUGACAGAGACAGAAGAAGACAGAGAAAAGAAAAAUGAAAAUAAUGACGUCUUCAAACUUUCACAGAUGGGUCGUAUGUUCAGGCUGAGAACAAGUGAAGGAAAGAGAGAGAGAAGAGGACUUGGACUCUCCAGAAUGCCAUUGCACAGGAGGACAUUUAAGUGAACUUAGACAUGAGUGAAGCGUGUAAUUGUCCUUUGACAUUUUCUGUUUAUUUUUUUUGGGACUUGGACAUCAGCCCUUUACUCCAUCAUCACUUCAUCGUAAUCUGAACUUCAGACAAAAAGCCUCCUGAUGAUCAGAGGAAAAUGUCAUGACAAAAUAUAUGAAUAUCUAUGAAUGAACACAGACUAUAGUUUGGUGGAUAUUCUGCGUCUAUGUUUAUUUUCGCAGCUCGAGUUCAAGCUUAGCGGAGAGGUUCAGUUGACAUCUGUGAGCUUCUAAAGGAGUAAAGGACGACGCAUUUUGCUCCUUAAACCCGACUGGGCAGGUCUGAACAACAACCCCUAAUGGUAGAUCUGAGGUAAUAUGGCCCCAGCAGGGAUGUAUUAAUAUCUACCCCACAAUCAUUGCUCAUUGAUAUCAGACUGCCUAAAUCAUAUUUUCUCCUGGAGAGGGAGACUGAACGAGAGCAUCAUUUAAGUACAAUAUAUGGCAAGGGUAUCUAACAACACUAUAAUCACAUGCAUACAGUCACAUACAUUAAUACACAGCCUUCACUCACUGAAUCAGAAUACAUUUGUGAAAAACAUUAAUGUUUGUUUUCCACAGAUAAUCACAUUGUAUCUAUUUUUCUUAUUUAAUUUUUGCCGCCAGUUUAAGAUUACAUGGACGUAAAUGAAGCAGUGUCCCACUACUGGUAGAAAAAAGUGCAUUGGAAACAUUCCUCCUUAACGUGACUUUGUGAAGUCUUGUAUAUGGUAAAGUUUUGACAUUAAGGGAUCUGAAAAGAUUUCAAUUUAUUGAGCGUUCUGUCAGGAGGGAAAUCGGGACUGGUGUUUGCUGAUUUCUGUAGCAGACUUUGAAGAUGACGCAAGGCUGUGGUAGCAGAUAAAGAUAGCCAUGUACAGUAUUUAUGGUUUUUAUUGUAGCGCUUUCUUUUACAGCACUUAAUUUAUAGAAGAUGUAGCUUUCACUUUUUCUUUCUUAGUUGAAGAACAAGGAGGCCCUGGAUCCAUUACCAGUACAGAUAAACCAGCGUAGUUUGGCUCAGGUGGACAGAAUGCACACUAGGGGUGUAACAAUACACUCCACUCAUGGUUUGGUACGAUACACAAUACAGGGUUGUCGCUUUGGAAUGGUAUGACUCCAUAGUUGUAGAGAGACGGGACCAGAAAAAAGGGGAUCAGGAGGAAAACAAUUUUCGUCACUACAGAUUUCAAGUCAAUCCAGCUGUCAUCUGAACCCAGCUGUUGGACUGACAGAGAACGCGGCCACUCUGUUGCCUGUUUGGGUGCCAAAUGCUAAGAUUUGUUUAAUUUUCAGUUGUUUUUUUGUGUUUUUCAGCUCCAUGGUGCAUAGUGUUGGAUUUUUUUUAUAGGAAAUAUAGCACUAAUAAGUAUUGUUACACCCCUAAUGCACAAACCCAAACAAACACAGAUUUCAGUAUUGAUCAUUGGAGAACAAGAUUCAGGUUAAGAGGUUUGUGAGACAAGAGAGUGUAUUUGAUUAUAGAGUAGGUCAGAAGGACAAACGCCGAGCACCUGCACGUGCCUUCAGGAGGCUAAAAGUUAAGCCAUUUUACACACACACACACACACAGUGGAAAAGACAGCUCCCCGUCAACUUAUAGCAGAUGUCUGUGGAAGUGAAGGAUGACUCUGACUUGUCCAUGCAAACAAACACACACACACACACACAGGUUAGCCUCAGUCUGCGGGGUUAAGCAGUGAUUGUCUUUGAUCCCUCCAAGCCUAGAAAACCUCGUUGCACCUUAACCAGCCAUCUGGGCACUUCACCUCAGCUUUCCCACUUCCAAACCCAUCCACAUUAGGUUAACUCCCCCACUGUGAUUGAGCAGGGAUAACAUUUGAGAGGAUUAGCUGGCUAUUGUGAUAGGAGCUCUUUGCCUCUACAAGUGUAAGAGUGGAACGGCCUGUGUCUGUGCAUGCUCCACAAGUGAUUUUCUGCCAACAAUUAAGGCAAAAUUCCAGUUGGCUUGUAGCCUGUAAAGAAUACAGAGGAGGAAAGUUUGAGAAUUUUAGCAAAAGUUAAAGAAGAGUUGGGGAAACACACGUUUGGUUUCUUGUCAAGGGUUAGGUUGGAAGAUUGAUACCGCUCUCGUGUCUGUUUGAUAAAUGUUAAACUACAGCCAGGAUAUGAUUAGCUAAGCUUAGCAUAAUUCCUGGAAAUGGGAGAAAGCUAGCGAGGUGAAAAACCUCCUCCCAACACCUCUAAAGUACUAUACAGUACUAGUAACUAAUGAUUGAAUUAUUGUUUCUUUAAUGCGUACAAAAACCAAAGUGUAAAAAGGACACAUUGUAGUUUUCUGGGAGGUUGUGCUGUUACUGGUUCUAAAAGACUCCAGUGACGUCCUGGAGCACUUUAAAACUUCAUUUUUUUGUACAGAUUAAACAAAUUAGUGAGCUUUAGAGUCAAGCUAGCUGUUUCCCCCCAAUUCCAGUCUUUAUGAUAAGUUAAGCUAACAGUUUCCUGGUGGUAGCUUUUCAUUUACCUAAAAGACAUGAAAGUGGUAUCUUAUCCAACUCUUUGCAAGAAGCAAAUAAGAUUAUGACCCAAAAUGUCAAACUAUGUCCUGUAAUGUUAAGGUAGCAGAUGUAAGUGUCUUUAAUGUUCUGUAUGAUUCGCAGCAAAGCUCAUGUUUGUGUUCUUGGUGCCAAGAGCUGCCAAGUUACCCAUGAAGAUGCUGUAUAUCUAUGCUGGCUGUAGAGCAAUGGAGAGCUCUCUGCAGAGUGGAGUUAGUAUAUUUUCUUUGCGGAAAGUUGGGGCUGUAUAGAGGAACCCCUGUGUGCUAGUUCUGCUGGCACCAGCGCUUUUGGAGUAGCAUUUCUAAAACUGGGUUAAAAAGGGUCAUAGCAUCUUGAUGGUGGGUCCUGGACCCGGGUUAAAAACAGUUUAGCUUGAUGGCUCUAUUCAUGAUUUUCUGAAAGUGCUGCCAUAGUUGGAGUCAAUAACUUUCAAUUCAGUUGAUUCAGAAAUUAAGAUUUUCUUUAAAAUCUGCCUUAAGAAUAUACUUUUACAUUUCCUCAGUAGUCAAGAAAGUAUAAAUGACUGAAUAAUUAUGUUUUCAGCAGUUGCAUUUCAAGUUUUGACCCCAGUGUAUCGACUUAGACUCUUUUCAUACAAGCAUGCACAUGCACGCACUGCAUCUUAGAAAUGAAGUAAAACUCUAUGCUAAUUUGAACAGGAUUGAGAGAAUGAAGCAACUUUUGUGCCAAGAAACAGGAGAUUCACACUCUAUUAUCACCAUCACAUCAAACUCAUCCUAUCAUCACUGAUUAACUCCCAGCAACUUGUAAGUAACCUCCUCAUGCCCGUAUGUGAACAAAGUCUUUAUUGUUGUAAAUAUUGGUAUAUAUUGCCUUUAUUCUGUAAAUAGUGCUCCCUGGGUCCUAAAUUGUUGAUAUGAAUCUAAUGGCAUAUUUUUAUAUAUUUGUGUAAGGUUUGUUUUUGUUUGUAUUUUUUCUCUUCCCUCUGGCAUGCGCUGUCAGUCACGUUUAAAUUAUAACUGUCAUAGAUCUUUGCAGAGGAAGUCAAGAUGGCAUCUGUUGUGACUAAGGUGACUGAAAGAUAGAGUUUGAAGAUGCUGAUUUUUGCCAUGUUACAGACAUCUACAGGAAGAAAAAAACAACCACCUGACCAUAACUCUUUUAAUCUCUGGCUCUGGUUGAGAUCAUGGUUACAGUCUAUCUGAGUUUUUUCCUGUAUGUAGCUGUUCUUGUUCUGUCACUGUGGGUUCCUCUUUGUAAUUAAAUCAGUUCACUGGUGCCAUUUUGUGCCUGUUCUUGGUUCUUCAGGCGGCUAGGUGUGCGUCUCUUAAAAUUUACCACAUGCAACAAAGCAAGUUUGGUAACACUUUAUAAUACAGCCCACUAUGUACAGUGUAAUUUGUUGCAUGAAUCAGGUACUAAUGAAAUACUUACUGGUUUCUACUGCUAUUUAGAUGUAGGUACAGUGGAAGAAAAAAUGACUAUGGAGUAGUAAUUGGGCAUUUUAGAGGAAAGGAGAAAUAAAACUCAGUACUUUUGUAAAUACUGGGUAACUAAGUUAUAGUACUGCGAAACAAAACUGAAGUUUAGGAAAAAUAGUGUUAAAAACCUUUUUCUUACUUGGAAAAGCCACACGUUACAUUACAUUAUAUUAUAUGAUCUUGAUAUAUGAUAUGAGAGCAAUACAAGAGCAUCAUCUGCAUAACUUUUUUUCAAUUUAUUAUAUUUUUUAUUUUACUAUCUUCUGAGUAACUCAACAUAAUCUGAUCACAUGAUCGGAAACCCCAUUUACAUUGUUUACAUGCCACAGUAUCCAGGUAUCAUAUUCUGAGAACUGGGACAAGGGCUUAUCUGGGUUCCUGUAACCAGGGUAUGAUGUUAACAUGCACAAAAUAACCGGGAUACCAGAGAACAUGUUUGUAAUCAGAAUACUAAUGUGCAUGUACUUUAAAUGCUCACUUUUAUACAAAUCUUAAAUUAUCAGUCAAGUAAUUGAAGAGUCAAUCGUCAGAAAAUUAAUCAGGAACAA